AUGACCAGCUCCAGUGAAUCCAGAAUACGGUUCCAGAGGAUCAAAUCGCACACCUUCCGCAUACGACGUUUCAAAAAACAUACCGAGCUUCACAAGAUAGUGAAAUGUAUUCAAAACAAUUUUGGAGGUCAUUUGGCCGCGAUGAAUAAUCAGGAUAACGAUGAUUCGGAGGAACAUACGCCAGACGAAGAUGAAAUAAAUCAGGAAGCAGAAAACGAAGAUCAGGAAAUAAUUAACAACCCUAGGCAGUCAGUUUUAUCGCAGGCUGACCUUGAAUGGAUCCACUCAUUGCAGGCAAGAAUAGUAGAUUUGGAACACGAGUUAGCACGACGCAGGGAAAACCGCCACUGUUUGCCGGUAUCUAAAUGGAACAUCACAAAAUAUAGCGGUGAUGACCAAGGUUUGAAGCUGAAUGAGUUUUUGGAACUGAUUCAGGUUUUAUCCCAAGCUGAGCACGUGUCAGAUGUGGAACUGUUUGAGUCGGCAGUACAUUUGUUUGCGGGAUCAGCCCUUAAGUGGUAUAUGACUCAGCGAACCACAGGCAGAUUGCUGAAUUGGCAGCAUCUUGUCUUCGAGUUGAAACGAACCUAUAUGCACCCUGAUCUUGACGCCCUGAUAAAAAUGAAAAUUUAUCAGCGGAGGCAACAAAAACACGAAUCCUUCCAUGAAUACUACUUUGAGCUAGAGAAACUUUUUCGCACGAUGAGUGUGCAAAUUCCCGAACACGAGAAAGUUCAAAUACUUCAGCAAAAUAUGCGGGUUGAUUAUAAACGGCAAAUGACAUUCAUCCCCAUUAUAGAUUUGGAAACACUGGUCGCCGCCGGUCAGAAACUGGACGCGCUGAAUUUCUCGGCGUACAACAAGGUCUUUGGUACCGAGAAGACUAUUCAGGCCGUCCAAGGGACAGAGUCCAAUCCCAAAAAGAAGGCAAACAAGCAACCACAAUCUCAGCACAGUGAGCCAAUCGCUACGGUUUCGCAACCGAAUAGGAAUGUUUCUAACACAUCCACCAAUCCUCAAAACAAUCAGUCGCGGGCAAACCAACCUCCCCCAAAAAUAAAAGUGUACGGCCUUUCGAUUCGUGCCCUUCUUGAUAGCGGUAGUAAUCACACGCUAAUCAGUGAAAAAUUUUUCAAGCAGUUCAAAUAUAAAAAGCUGCAUCGUCCCUCCAAAAAUGUUGUCCUUCGCUCGGCUAGCGGAGAUGAACUCCAAAUUCUUGGGCAGGUUCAACUGCCAUUUACACUCGAAAGUUGUGUUAGAAUAAUUCCGACACUGGUUGUGGCCAACCUUUCCAUCAAUUGCAUCUGUGGUAUGGAUUUUUGGGAGAAAUUCCUGAUUCAACCCACAAUGCAUGAUACCAUAAACAGCGAGCGCCAAGCUACCGUCGCGGAAAUCAAUCAACCCACUCCCGAGACAUUUUUAACUUCCAAAGAAAAGGAAGAGAUUGAAAAGGUCAAGAGACAAUUCGUUCCCGCGCGGGAGGGUGAAUUGACUAUGACUAGCUGUGCCCAACAUCGUAUUGUGCUGGCGAAAGAAUGGGAAACCAAAUCCCCCGUUCGCCAGUUCCCUUACGUAAUGUCCCCUAAGACGCAAGAUCUGGUUGCCGUUGAGCUUCAGAGACUCUUGGAUCUGGGAAUUAUAGAACGAAGUAGUUCGGAUUGGUCGCUCAAUUGCGUGCCAGUUAUAAAGCCAAAUAAAGUGAGAUUGUGUUUGGAUGCUCGAAAAAUUAACGAGAGAACAGUUCGUGAUGCGUACCCUUUGCCCCACCCUGGCCGUAUUUUGGGUCAACUACCGAAUGCAAGAUAUUUGUCUACAAUAGACUUGUCGGAAGCAUUCCUCCAAGUACCUUUGGAUAAGGAAUCGCGAAAGUACACGGCAUUUAGUGUACAGGGCAAAGGGCUGUUCCAGUAUACCCGUAUGCCUUUCGGUUUGGUUAACAGUCCGGCCACAUUGGCCCGGCUGAUGGACAAGGUUCUAGGUCACGGUAUACUGGAACCGUACGUUUUCGUUUACCUCGACGAUAUCGUCGUGGUAACGGAAACGUUUGCGCAUCACCAACAGCUCUUAACUGAGAUUGCUCGUCGCUUGAAAGACGCCAAUCUGAGCAUUAACCUCGAAAAAUCGAAGUUUGGAGUGACCGAAAUUCCCUUCCUCGGUUAUCUUCUACGCACCGAUGGUCUUAGAGCCAAUCCAGACAAAAUUCGCCCUAUUGUCGAAUAUGAAAGGCCUAAUACCAUAACCAAGCUUAGAAGAUUUCUAGGAAUGGCGAAUUAUUACCGGCGCUUCAUUCCGGAUUUUAGCGGGGUCACUGCUGCCUUAUCGGAUCUCUUGCAGUCAAAAUCCAAAACCAUUCGUUGGAGUGAAGCGGCUGAAAAAGCAUUCUGCCAGAUUAAAGAGCGUCUGAUCUCUUCCCCCGUCUUGAAAAGCCCAGAUUUCAGUCGCCAAUUUACCAUACAAACGGAUGCAAGCGACGUGGCAGUGGCAGGAGUGUUAAUACAAGAGCAAGAUGGAACAGAACACGUGAUUUCUUACUUCUCGCACAAAUUAACCACACCUCAAAAAAACUACCACGCUGCUGAAAAGGAGGCUUUGGCGGCAAUCUUAUCCAUCGAUGCUUUCCGCGGGUACAUUGAGGGGUACCAUUUCACCCUCAUUACCGAUUCGUCCGCCCUUACACACAUCCUGAGUACCAAGUGGAAAGUCGGAUCUAGAUGCAGCAGAUGGGCGUUGAACCUUCAACAGUUUGACAUGACCGUCCGGCAUCGUAAGGGAAAGGAAAAUAUUGUGCCGGAUGCCUUAUCUCGAAGCAUCGCGACAGUUGUCGAUUCCACUUGGUAUUCUUCAAUGUUAAGCAAGGUAACCGACCGCCCCGAUGACUUCGUGGACUUUAAAGUGGAAGAUGGCCAACUUCACAAAUUCGUCACUUCCCACAACAAUCCUUGUGAUGCUCGGUUUGAGUGGAAGCUAGUUCCUCAGCCAGCGGAGUAUAACAAGAUACUCUAA